GGGAGGUUCUGCAGGUUAAAACAAACGUCCCUCCCUCAGAGGGCGCGUGGGUUACAGGUGAGGAGGCCAGCAGCAGAGAGCUCAGUGUCUGCUACACAAUCCAACAUGAGGCCCAACGUGACUCUCCCGGUGCUCCUGGUGUUAGCGGUGUGUUUCCUCCUCGGUGUGUGUGCUCUCUCCCAGGUGGAGCAGCUCUUCCUCAGCUCCCUGGUGCUCUCCGGGCGGCCUCCUCCUCCUCCUCCUCCUCCUCGGCCGGCUGGGAGCCGCCAGCCCCGGCGUCACGUCCCCUCCGCCCUCUGGAGGAUGUUCCGGAGGUCAGAGAGCAUCCAGGCCCGGGAGGAGAGCGAGCCCUGCACGGUGUCUGAGUACGGAGUCCGCGGCAACAUCAUCCGAUACGUGCAAGACCAAGGCAGGCUGGUGUCUGGCUGGAGCAGCAGCUGUCAGGCCUGUCUGGAGAAGCAGCUUUUCUUCAACAUGUCUGUCCUGCAGCCUGUGGAGCUGCUGUCUCUGGCUCAGCUGGAAAUCAAGUUCCACUGGAAGCCCUUCACAUCUGCAGACCUCCUGCUGGAGCCCCGGGCCCUCGGCGUGUCUCUGUAUAAGGUGAUUCGAGCCACGCUGAGGGGAGCCAAUCCCAAGGCCAACCGCAGACUCCUGCUGUCUCAGUCGGUCCAGCUGCGGCCAGAACCCACCUCCAUCACCAUGGACAUGACCUCGUUGGCAGAAAACUGGCGCAAACCGGGACGCAACUACGGUUUGCUUUUAGAGCUGCUGCCUCUCAGCGCAGAUCCGAAAGAGUUUCUCCCCUUUCACCCCGGGAACUCCCUCCCAUUGGAACCAGCAUUCACCCUGCCGCUGGUCCAGGCCUCGCUGGUGGCUGUGUCCCUCAACCCCCACCAGUGCCGCUCCAGACAGAGAAGGAGCGCCGUCCACCUCCCCGUGACGCCCAGCAACGUGUGCAAGGCCCGCCGCCUCUACAUCGACUUCAAGGAUGUGGGCUGGCAGGACUGGAUCAUCGCCCCGCAGGGCUACAUGGCCAACUACUGCCACGGCGAGUGCCCGUUCCCGCUCAGCGAGAGUCUUAACGGCACCAACCACGCCAUCCUGCAGACCCUGGUGCACUCGCUGGACCCGCACGGCACGCCACAACCCUGCUGCGUCCCCAUCCGCCUCUCCCCAAUCUCCAUGCUCUACUACGACAACAACGACAACGUGGUGCUUCGGCAUUACCAGGAGAUGGUGGUGGAUGAGUGCGGGUGUCGGUGAGCUCGGUGGACUUUUCAGAAUUUUCAAAUAUCCACCAGUUCUUCUUUUUCUUAAGCUGCUUUGUUAAGAGUCUCAAUGCGAUUUAAUGCCGUUUUGUUUGUCAGAUUUCAGUGUACAGAGUUCUUUGCAGUCAAUGAUUUUAAAGAAUUUAACAUUUGUAUUUGUUUGUUCUAACAGAAAUGUAGAUGUAUCUUUUAAUAUGAUGGCUGAUGUUAAUAAAAAUUGCAAUAACUUUUUUCUUAAUCCACACUUUGAAAAUCAAAUGACCCAGGUUAUCCUCUCUUAGGGGCCCCUCAAAGGCUUGUGGGAAAUAAUGCAGUGUCUCUGAGCACACUGCUUUUGAGUAGCAAUGCAGUUGUUGAGCGAGGAAGAAAUCUUUACGUGGUUUGUGCUGACUUUCAAGAGAGAUGCUCGUCGCCCAA